UUUUUUUCCGCAGGGACCCCAAUUCUCCGGGAUUGCCUACUGCUGGGCAUAAUUAUGUUGCCUUUCUGCUCAAGGAUCAUCGAGUCGCUCGUCUUCGUUAUGAGAUUGUUGCCAACACUAUUGAAUCUACCGCCCCAACAGACAAAAAUGAAUCCGGCCCUGGUUCAUCAACAGCGCCAGCUACCACCACUGCUGGUUCCUCUGAUCCAGCGUCAGCUUCUGCAAAUGCUGCUGCAAACGCCGCAAAUCGGACUGCAAAAAUUCGGGUUUCUUUGA